AUCUUAGUGAACGGAAAGAAGAUGGGGGCCCUAAAUGAUGGAUCCAAAGGCAAAGUACAGAGGAAGGUGCAAUUAUUCAUGCCAUAGAUUUCAUCCUAAGCAAGUGAAGAAAAAAUUCCCUCAAAAACGCAGAGAAAAAGAACCCCAAAAAAACAAAAGAAAAAAAAAAGAAAAAGUAAGACUAUAUAAUAAAAAAUCAUUAUUUUUUUUUUCUUUUAUGUGACUGAUUCUCACUCUCUUUCAGUCAUCUAAGGCAAAAGAAAAAGAGAUUUCUCUUUCUCCUCAUAUAUUUCUUUCUAUUACUUCCUUUCCUCCCUCUUUUUCAUCUCCACUUUUCUCUCUAUGAGAGACCAAUAUAGAGAGAGAGAAGAGCCAUGAAGAACACCAUCCGGUGCUGCAUCUCCUGCAUUCUUCCCUGUGGAGCACUCGAUGUGAUUCGAAUAGUACACUCCAAUGGCCGGGUUGAAGAAAUCAGUGGCUCCAUCAAAGCCAGCGAGAUCAUGAAGGCUCACCCUAAGCACGUUCUAAAGAAACCCUCCUCUUCUUCUGAUGAUGGGAUGGUCCCAAAAAUUGUGAUCGUCCCACCAGACGCAGAGCUCCAACGUGGGAAGAUUUAUUUCCUCAUGCCAGCCCCUUCAACACCCGAAAAAACCCGAUCAAAAUCUUCCUCAACAACCAAGAAGAAAAAAAGAGACUGUCUUGAUAGCAACAACAACAACAACAGCAGCAGCAGCAGCAGCAGCAGCAGCAGCAGCAACAGCCACAGCCGCCAACAUCGUCACAGCCGAAGCAUGAGCAACGCCAACAAGAACAACACAAUUUCAAUGACUAAUCUUAUGAUAUCAGAUCAGUAUCUAAGUGAGAUACUUUCAGAGAAGUUGUCAAUGCAAAGGGAUCGAAGCAGAGGCCGAGUUGGGGUGUGGAGACCACACUUAGAGAGCAUCUCCGAGGCUCCAAACGAUGGUUGAUCAUCAUGAAGUUCGCUGUGUUAUACUACUACUGCUACUAUUUUGGAUUUCAAAAAUAGUUUACAAUUUUCUUCAUAUUUUUAUAUGAUUCAU